UUCUUUACAUUACAGGCACCACAAGUUUAUUGUGCUAAAGGGCCAUUUUUGGAUUUCAUAAAUGAUAAUGUGCCGAUUCUCAAAGACAAAUUUUGGCCCACAUUAUGGUGUUUUGAAAGCAGAGCUCAGACUGUUUUUGCGAACUUACUUAGGUCACGAUUGUGGCCUUACAUAAAAUACCGCAGGGAAAUUUUGAUUCUAUCAGAUGGCGGUGAAGUGGCCCUUGACUGGGCCGAGCAAAAUUGUUGUCCAACUUCGCCAAUCAUGAUAAUAUUGCCCGGUUUAACGGGAGCAAGUCAUGCAGAAUACAUAAAAUGUCUAGUCUACGCGGCUAAAAAUGUCGGCAUCAAAUGCGUUAUAUUUAACAACAGAGGAUUAGGUGGCGUGAAAUUAAAGACACCAAGAUUGUACUGUGCUUCCAACUGCGAGGACUUGAACGAAGUCAUCGAGCACGUGCACCGGCUCCACCCAAACAUGCCNGAGAACAAAAGAGAAGUUAAGAGAAUGUACGGAGCUGAGACAAUACCACUAAAAGAAGUCAAAGACACCAAGAAUGUCGCAAUGAUCGUGACAUCUCGAGGAGGACAUAUAGGUUUUCUUGAAGGUAUCUGGCCGGUAAGAGAAGAACAGUACAUGGGAAAGGUGUUCGCUCAAUUUUUUACAGCAGUUUUUACAAUUGGUCAGGACCAUCCAGCCUUCUACUAAAUUAAAAUCAAUCUACACCUCUUCUCUCUUGGCUCACCUUGCCGAAUUUGUACAAAAAAAAUUUAAUACUAUCCAGUAUGCGUUUUUACUUGAUUUUGAAAUGUACAUUUAGUCAUACAUAUAUACGCAACUCGAUUAUUCCCUCCUACCAAGAUUUUUGUACUAAUGCAUUCGUACCUAAUUAUUAACUAAUGUAAUAUUUAAAGAUUUUUACACUGUUUUUUUAUCACUUUUGCAUAUUAUUAAUUUUAAAAUUUAUUAAAUUCUGUUGUGUAGUAACAAAUGUUUAGUGUGCCGAUUUUGUAAAUAUCUGUAGAAUUUUUGUCUGCGAGCAUAAAUUAAAGUGCCUAAUAACAAUUUUUUUCUUUCAUAAACUAUAAAACUCACAUUCCUUAUUUUCUUAAUAAUUGUUAAGAGGUUACA